AGCAAGCCCAGUCCCGUCCUUCCUCGCCUGGCAGCCCUGGGCACAGCAUCCCUGGCUGGGGGCGCAGGCAGCUCCCUUCUCUCUCUCUCUCUCUGUCUUUCUCUCUCUCUCUCUUUCCCCAUCCAUCCAUUCAUCCAUCUGCCUGCCUACUAGCCAGCCAUCCCCAGGAGAGUCUGGAUCAUCCAGGCUGAGCUGCCAAAGCUGCCAAAAUGGGGUAUGGGCGCUCAGACAGCUACCGCGUGGCAACCACGCAAGACAAACACGAUGAGAACUCCUCACCCAAGAAGAGCAAAGCGCAGCAGAAGGUCCGGGAUCUGGAUGAUCUCAAGAAGGAAGUGGCGAUGACUGAGCACAAAAUGUCCAUUGAGGAGGUGUGCCGGAAAUACAACACAGACUGCGUGCAGGGUCUGACCCACAGCAAAGCCCAAGAGAUCCUGGCCCGAGAUGGCCCCAACGCACUCACCCCGCCUCCUACCACUCCCGAAUGGGUGAAGUUUUGCCGCCAACUCUUUGGGGGUUUCUCCAUCCUCUUGUGGAUCGGCGCCAUCCUUUGCUUCUUGGCCUAUGGCAUUCAGGCGGGGACAGAGGACGACCCCGCAGGGGACAAUCUGUACCUUGGUAUUGUCUUGGCUGCUGUUGUCAUCAUCACCGGUUGUUUCUCCUACUAUCAAGAAGCCAAAAGCUCUAAGAUCAUGGAGUCCUUCAAGAACAUGGUGCCCCAGCAAGCCCUGGUCAUCCGGGAAGGUGAGAAGAUGCAGUUGAAUGCUGAAGAUGUGGUGGUUGGCGAUCUGGUAGAGGUGAAAGGAGGAGACAGGGUCCCAGCCGACUUAAGGAUCAUCUCAGCCCAUGGCUGCAAGGUGGAUAAUUCCUCCUUGACUGGUGAAUCAGAGCCACAGACUCGAUCACCUGAUUGUACCCAUGACAACCCUCUGGAGACCAGGAACAUCACUUUCUUCUCUACCAACUGUGUAGAAGGCACAGCACGUGGAGUUGUCGUUGCCACUGGUGACCGCACUGUGAUGGGCCGGAUUGCCACACUGGCUUCGGGCCUCGAGGUUGGCAAGACCCCCAUUGCCCGAGAGAUUGAACACUUCAUCCAGCUGAUCACUGGCGUGGCUGUCUUUUUGGGAGUCUCCUUCUUCGUCCUCUCCCUCAUUCUGGGCUACAGCUGGCUGGAAGCGGUCAUCUUCCUCAUUGGCAUCAUUGUGGCCAAUGUCCCUGAGGGGCUCCUGGCUACUGUCACUGUGUGCCUGACAUUGACAGCCAAGCGCAUGGCUCGCAAGAACUGCUUGGUGAAGAACUUGGAAGCUGUGGAGACCUUGGGCUCUACCUCGACCAUCUGCUCAGACAAGACAGGGACCCUGACCCAGAACCGUAUGACUGUGGCCCAUAUGUGGUUCGACAACCAGAUCCAUGAGGCAGACACUACUGAGGACCAGUCCGGUACGGCCUUUGAUAAGAGCUCUCCCACCUGGUUGGCCCUUUCCCACGUUGCAGGACUUUGCAACCGAGCUGUCUUCAAAGGAGGUCAAGAGAACGUGCCCAUCCUCAAGCGUGACGUGGCAGGUGAUGCUUCUGAGUCAGCCCUGUUGAAAUGCAUUGAGCUCUCGUCUGGAUCCGUCAAGCUGAUGAGGGAGAAAAACAAAAAAGUGGCUGAAAUCCCCUUCAACUCCACCAACAAAUACCAGCUCUCAAUUCAUGAGACAGAAGACCCCAACGAUAACCGCUACCUGUUGGUGAUGAAGGGCGCACCUGAGCGCAUUCUGGACCGAUGCUCCACCAUCCUGGUCCAAGGCAAAGAACAACCCCUCGACGAGGAGCUGAAAGAAGCUUUCCAGAAUGCCUACCUGGAGCUGGGAGGACUUGGCGAGCGGGUGCUGGGUUUCUGCCAUUUCUUCAUGCCUGAGGAACAGUACCCCAAAGGUUUUGCCUUCGACUGUGAUGACGUCAACUUUUGCACUGAAAACCUCUGCUUCGUAGGGCUCAUGUCCAUGAUUGACCCGCCCCGUGCCGCUGUGCCUGACGCGGUGGGGAAAUGUCGAAGUGCCGGCAUCAAGGUAAUCAUGGUAACAGGUGACCAUCCCAUCACAGCCAAGGCCAUCGCCAAAGGUGUGGGAAUUAUCUCUGAAGGCAAUGAGACAGUGGAAGACAUUGCCGCUCGACUGAACAUUCCCAUCAGCCAAGUUAACCCCAGGGAUGCCAAAGCCUGUGUGAUCCACGGCACGGACUUGAAAGACAUGACCGCGGAGCAAAUCGAUGAGAUUCUACGGAACCACACUGAGAUUGUCUUUGCCCGUACCUCUCCGCAACAGAAACUCAUCAUUGUGGAAGGUUGCCAGAGACAGGGUGCGAUUGUGGCAGUAACAGGUGACGGCGUGAACGACUCGCCUGCUCUGAAAAAGGCCGACAUUGGAGUAGCUAUGGGCAUCGCUGGUUCUGACGUUUCCAAACAGGCCGCUGACAUGAUCCUCUUAGAUGACAACUUUGCUUCUAUUGUCACCGGAGUCGAGGAGGGACGUCUGAUCUUCGACAAUCUGAAGAAAUCCAUCGCCUACACCUUGACCAGCAACAUCCCCGAGAUCACCCCCUUCUUGCUCUUCAUUAUGGCCAACAUCCCUCUUCCCCUGGGCACAAUCACCAUCCUCUGCAUUGAUCUGGGCACGGACAUGGUACCAGCCAUCUCCUUGGCUUAUGAAGCAGCGGAGAGUGACAUCAUGAAGCGUCAACCACGAAACCCCAGGACUGACAAGCUGGUGAACGAGCGGCUGAUCAGCAUGGCCUACGGGCAGAUUGGAAUGAUUCAGGCACUGGGUGGUUUCUUCUCCUACUUUGUGAUCUUGGCUGAGAAUGGCUUCCUUCCAUCUGUUCUUGUGGGCAUCCGUCUUAACUGGGAUGACCGGACAGUCAAUGACCUGGAGGAUUCGUAUGGGCAGCAGUGGACCUACGAGCAGCGCAAAGUGGUGGAAUUCACCUGCCACACGGCCUUCUUUGUCAGCAUUGUGGUGGUGCAGUGGGCUGAUUUGAUCAUCUGCAAAACCAGGAGGAAUUCAGUCUUCCAGCAAGGCAUGAGAAACAAGAUCCUUAUUUUUGGUCUCUUCGAGGAGACUGCGUUGGCCGCUUUCCUAUCCUAUUGCCCCGGCAUGGAUGUGGCACUGAGAAUGUAUCCCCUGAAGCCUAGCUGGUGGUUUUGCGCCUUCCCAUACAGUUUCCUCAUUUUUGUGUAUGAUGAGAUCCGUAAACUCAUACUGCGCCGUAACCCAGGAGGAUGGGUGGAGAAAGAAACCUACUACUGAGUCUCCUCUCUUGUCUGUUGCUGGUUGUUUCCCCUGCCGGGAGGGAUGCUCCCCCCUCCAAAAUUCUGCCUAUCCCUCCCCUUCUGAUUAUGAGAGAGACCGCUGCCGGGAUCAUAAACUCGGCCAUAGAAACAACAAAUCAAGCCCCUUACCCCCCAUUUCCCCAACCCGGGCGGCUGAGAUGGGAAAUCCAUCCUGUCUCAUCCUGCAUGUAUGUCCCAGGCUGGAGGUGGGGGAAGGGAAACCCCCACCACCACCUACGCCCCACAACCUCUGCUCUUUGCCAUAUUCUUCCUUUUGUUUUUAGGAGCAGCCUGGGGGAUGCGGGGGCAUUGUGAGAGAUCAAAUUAGGGAAAUGGGGCAAUAUUUAUUUACCUCUGCAAAACGCCGCCCCCCAUCCGCCCUGCAACACCAGAUUCCCUUUCAUAGCUGGGAUUGAAACCGGGGACCAGCAGCACCCCAGAACAACAUGCCUCAGAUGUGAGAGCCAAGCAAGUCAGGAUUUGGGGGGGAGGGAGGGUUCCACCACCCCCAUUAUCUGGUUAGCAGUAGUCAGACUUUUGUCCCAAAUAGGGGAGGUGAAUCC